GAAAAAAGAAAAAAGAAGAAGGAAACAAUAACAAAGAGACGACAGACUACGGAGAAAGAGCCGUAGCUCUGCAUCUGCAAUCGAAACAUCGCAGAAGCCCUCAUCAGCUCAACAAAUUCCAAAACUUGCAUUCCACCUUUGAUAAGCGAAUUUUUCCUAAUUCCGUGUCAUAAACCCUAAACUUUUCUUCUAGGUAUCUUCAAUCAAAUCACUGGGUUUCAAUCGGUAAGACUCUCGUCUUCCCUAAAAAUUCAUUUCCAUCUUUUUCUUACUUUCAAUCAACUUUGAUAUCCAAUUAUAUACUUGGAUGUGCUGUCCUCCAGGGUUUAUUUUCUUUACUUUUUCUUUUUCAUGAAUUGAACCCUAGUCGGAAUUUGAAUUUUUUAUCUGGGUUUCGAUUUUUCCUUUCGUGUAAAGCUUGAGUUGUAAAUAUCGAAAAUGAGGCAAUUGAUCGGAAAUUACAGUAGAAAGAGGCCGAGGAAUCGAGGCAUUUUUAAUGGGUUUUGUGUCCUUGUCCUAAUUUUCUUCUUCUACAACCGGGAAGAUAUUAUUAGAAACCCUUUUCUCAGAAAUUCUUCGUCCUUUUUGGGCUACAAUGUUCAGUGGACCUCAACGAGUGGAUACCAUAUAUACACAGGGAAAAUUCAUCGGCGAAUGGUGGAACUGAGUAUCAAUUCUUCCAUCUCCGUUAAUGGUUCUGAUCCUAAUAGUUUGUCUGAUAAACACCCUGAAUUUUGUUCUGGUCUGAUUGAGCACGUGGGCUAUAAAAGUAGCUGUGAGUUCUUGAAAGCACACCCCGAAUGCUCGUCUGGUGGGUUCUUUGAUUACAUCAAGUUCUAUUACUGUAGUUGCAGUGGAAGUUCGUGGGCUUUUCUAGUUUUUGGUGUUUGGCUUGUUGCAUUGUUCUAUCUUUUGGGUAAUACAGCAGCUGAUUACUUUUGUUGCUCUUUGGAGAAGCUUGCGGGCUUACUGAAGCUGUCCCCUUCAGUUGCUGGAGUUGCUCUACUUCCGCUUGGAAAUGGUGCUCCUGAUGUCUUUGCGAGUAUUGCUGCAUUUGUGGGGUCUGACGCUGGAGAAGUGGGACUAAAUAGUGUGCUUGGUGGUGCUGUGUUUGUCACUUGCAUCGUUGCUGGUGCUGUUUCUUUAUGUGUUGCUGAGCAGGAUGUUCAGAUUGAUCGAAACUGCUUUAUUAGGGAUGUUACCUUUUUCAUCGUGGCUCUGUUAUCACUACUGGCCAUCUUGGUUUCUGGUAAAGUGGGGGUUGGAGGUGCUAUUGCAUUUCUGAUGAUAUAUGUGGUUUAUGCUUUUGUUGUUGCUGCUAAUGAGAUUUUGAGGAAAGAGGUGGAGAGGUUAAAAUUGGAUGCUGUCACACCGCUGCUUCCAGUAAGAGGAAGUAUAUUUUCUCAAGGAACCCAAGAAGAUGAGUCCAUUUACAACCCUUUACUUGAUUUCGAGACUGGAAGUGAUGGAAUUCAAUCACGUAGUACCUUACCCCAGUGGAUGUGGGCUUCCAAUGUAGCAAUAUAUUCUAACCAGUCACUGAAGGUGCUUGAUGAGGAUAGGCCUGUGUGGGGAUGGAAUGAUGAGGGCAUAGAGAUUGAAUACUCUUCGUUCUCCUGCUCUAAGCUAUGCUCCAUUCUGGAGUUGCCUUUGACUGUGCCAAGACGACUAACAAUACCUGCAGUUGAGGAGGAAAGGUGGUCGAAGUUCUAUGCAGUUGGCAAUGCUUCAUUGGCUCCAAUUCUUCUGGCAUGUCUUUGGAAUUCAGCAGACACUGCAAGUGGUCAAAGUGGGAAAGUUGCAUAUUUCCUUGGUGUUUCUUCUGGCUGUGUUCUUGGUAUUCUUGCCUGCAAGUAUACAAGGUCAGAACAUCCACCGCGGAAAUUUUUACUUCCAUGGGUUUUAGGGGGUUUUUUGAUGAGUAUUGUUUGGUUUUAUAUGAUUGCAAACGAGCUGGUUGCUCUUUUGGUAGGAUUAGGUGUUGUCCUGGGAGUUAACCCUUCAUUACUUGGGUUAACAGUAUUGGCAUGGGGUAAUUCUAUGGGUGAUUUGGUGUCAAAUGUUGCAUUGGCAAUAAAUGGAGGGGAUGGUGUACAGAUUGCCAUGUCUGGAUGUUACGCAGGUCCAAUGUUCAACACACUUAUCGGCUUGGGGUUCUCAAUGUUGCUAGGAGCUUGGUCAGAGAAACCCGGUUUAUUCAUAGUUCCAAUGGACAGGAGUUUGUAUUGCACGCUGGGGUUCCUUAUAUCAGGACUCUUAUGGGCACUGGUUGUUCUACCUAGGAAUGACAUGCACCCGAGCAGGAUGCUUGGAACAGGCCUUAUUACCAUAUAUUUGAUAUUUCUAUCGGUGAGGGUCUGCAGUGCUAUGGGAAUGUUUUCAUUGGGUGGAUUAAGUUGACAUUCUUGUUGCCUGUAGAACUGAGAAGAUAUAUUUGGCUAUUACUUUACGCUGAAGCUGAGAUUUUCAGGAUGGUGAAGUCCUUGUAAACUUGUUGCAUCUAGUCGCUCCCAGACUUUUUUCUUGUGGUGGGUAGUUAGGAUUAGCAGCUCCGCUAUGCUCUCUGAUAGAAUGCGCUGUAUUUGUUUUUGACUGCAGCUAACAUGGACACAAGCAAAUUGAAUUCCCACACUGUAGGCUAGCUUGGUAGAUUGCCUUUCAUUGUAGGUUGUUAAUGGUCACAUGGUCAUUGAAUUCCCUGAAUUUGUUAAUGGUCACAUGGUCAUUGAAUAUUUCCAUUCUCUAUUGGUGUACAAUCUGUUAAUAAGCAGGACAAGUGGUGUUAUAAACAAUAACAUUUGAACCUAU